AUGGACAACAUCAAGAUGCCAAGAUCAAAAUUGAAGGACAUGAAGGUAAUCCGAUCUGAAACAAAUACCAGUCACAAUGCUGCUAUAACCAAUGAAGUUGAGAUCUCAACUGGUCAAAUGCCUGAUGCUCAACGUCGCACCUCAACUCAUUCAUCAUCAGAUACUAAUUCAAAUCGUAAUGGAGAUGAUGAAAAUGAAGACCAUGAUAAAAUAAUUGAAAAUACCAGUGGAGUGGUUAAUGUAAAAACAGUUGACAAUGCGGGCCGCUGUAAAGGAAGAGGACGAACAACUUUGAAGGAGUUGUGGGCACUACCUCCAGGAGAGAAAGUGUUGGUCAGUGCAAACGGGCUUGGACAACCAAUUGGUCCUGAGGCACAAUUAUUCUCUUCAUUCCUAGGUAUGAUAGCUCGAUCUAGCCAGAAGAUCGGUCUUCAAUACGAGAGUUGGCAUAAAGUGCCCAAAACAUUGAAGGAUGAACUAUUAAACUUCAUCGAGACACGCUUUGUUCUUGAAAUCCCAAAAGACUAUGUGCUCAAGUCUUUGGGAAAGAAAUGGAGGGACAACAAACAUGAUUUGAAGAGAAAAUAUUUCAAAAGAGAGGAUGGGUUGCAAGCAAAUAAAGAAAAGCAUCCAGAAGGGACUGUUAGCUGGCAAUGGGAAGAAUUAGUUGAUUUUUGGUACUCGAGGAAAGGGGAGGAAUCAGAACAGGUUGGGGUUUUCUCGAGAAAGCAACAAAAGUACACACACACUUCUGGUUCAAAAAGUUUCGCGAGAAAAGAAAAGGAAAUGGAACUCAGAAGUGGAAAGAAAAUAGGACGUUUCGAGUUUUUCAAAGCAACCCACAAUAAAAAAGAUGGUUCAUAUUUGAAUAAAGAGACAGAAGAGAUUAUGAUGAAUGAAAAGUUCCAAAAGAUGGAAGAUGAGCUUGGGCAAGAACGUGCUAAUUACAACACUCUUUAUACUUUCUUGCAACAACAAUUCCCAGGAGCGACAAUUCCCCUGCCUACCAUAGGUGGAUCGUCUUCUCAAUCGCACAAUCAAUGCAUCGGAUUUCAGACCCCUAAGGCUAACACAGCCGGGUCUAGUGUGCAUGUUCAGAAUCAGGCUUCUCCAGAACAUUGA